AUGUACGAGCUCUUCCUGCGUUCUCCCAGGGAACAUGGCGGCCUCCAGUCUCAACGCGGUUCGAGUUCGGCUGUAUUUUGAUUAUCCUCCUCCCUGCAUGCCCGACUGCCGCAUGAGCUGGGUGCUGGUGGAUCUGAAUAAAUGUCGCGUUGUUGCAGAUUUGUGCAGCGUUAUUAGAGAAAAGUUUGACUACAGCCGCAAAACAGUGUUAGACCUGUUCAUUGAGAAUUGUUUUCUUCCUCCUGCAGAGAACAUCUAUGUGGUUCGUGAUAAUGACAGUAUAAGGGUGAAGGUGUCCAGUGUUUCUGGUGAGCAUGAGGGGAAAAAAAGAUUCAGAGAAGAAGGCGGCUUAUUUCACACACCAGCCAAGAAGAACAGAUGCGAAGCGAUUGAGGCGAACGGUUUCCCCCAACCGGUGGGUGCAAAAAAGAAAAAGAAAAAACACAAAGCAAAGAAAAAGAAGCAGGAACAGCAACCAGUGGAGUGUGGAGAAGUGUUUAAAAUAGCCAUCCCCGCGAAAGAGCCUUCAUCCUCAAAGUCCCAGACAAAUAAGAGCAGCCAGAAAGCUUCAGCGUCUUCUAGCCUUACUAAUGGAAAAGCGAAUUCAUCAGGUCCGUGUGAUAAAAGCUCGGAUUCUUCAGACAGCAGUGAGGAUAUUCCUCAAAAACCCUCUCCAUCCAAGUCUAAAUCCAAACGUACACAGGUUGCGGAAUCCAAACGUCCUGUGACGAGAAAAUCCUCGUCCUCAGACGAUGAAGACGAAAUAAUCCCGGUGAAAAAAUCUCCAAAACCUAACACAAGCUCCAAAACAUCCACCAGUACGAAGACACCCAAAGAGCAGAUGUCUUCUGUUCCAGCAAAAUCCACUACAAACUCGACAGUGGCAAAGAAAACACAAACGGAGUCUUCUUCAGAUUUGUCCUCGUCUGAAGAUGAAGCUUCAGCAGCAAACGAGAAAGCAAACGUCCCCGUAAAAUCCUCUUCCGUUCAACCGAAAUCUGCUAACACUGCCAUGAAAGCAAAACCUCAAACUAUGACAGCUUCAUCCUACUCAUCCUCCUCCUCAGAAGAUGAUUCCGGAAAAGGGGGAAAAUCUCCAGUUCAGCUAAAAUCUCUCAGCAGCUCUAAAUCUGUGUCCUUACUGCAAACACAGCCACCUUCCUCUGAUCGCCAAGGUGAAGCCAGCAAAAUCUCCACCUUAAAAAAACCUUCCGGAAAUCCUAAAAUGUCCAAAACGCAAACAUCUUCAGAUUCCUCCUCAUCCUCUGAAGAUGAGGUGGGCAAUGCGAAUGUCCCUGAGACACCCAAACCCUGUAAACCUGUGCCAGCCUCGUGUGCUGUGGUAGAAAACGGUGCAUGUCAGACUCCGUCCACUCCAGUAGGGACGAUGCUUCAGGACAACAAGGACAAAGCGGAGAGCUCGGAUUCGUGCAGCAGUGACACGGAGCUGGUGAUAAGGAGGCCAAACCCUCAGCUCAUGGCUGGUUUGACCCCACGGGGGAGGGGGCGGGGAUUCAUAGACAGGGUGAAAGGUCGAGGAGGGGCCAGGGGUGGCUUUGGCAGGGCCAGAGGAACACCUUGGAAGCAGAACUUUCAUUAUAACUAUGACAAUGAAGAGCAGAGAAAGCAGAAAGAUAUCCAAACGAAUAAAAGCAUGCUGCUGCAGAAUCCUCCAGAGCCGAGUCCCAGGCGGGAUUACAGUACUCUACCUCUCCUCGCGGCUCCUCCUGCAGUGGGACAGAAAAUAGUUUUUAAGCUUUUAGAGCUCACAGAGAACUACACGCCAGAAGUGUCGGAUUAUAAAGAAGGAAAGAUCAUUGGUUUUAAUCACAGCACUAACAUGAUUGAACUGGAGCUUCUGACGCAGAGUCAAGCCCGAGCUGAACCUGGGAAGUUUGAUCUGGUGUAUCAGAACCCAGAUGGCUCUGAGAGAGUGGAGUAUGCGGUCACUCUUGGUUCUCAGCUGACUGAGCGUUGGGAGUCUCUGAUUGAGCCCAGGCUUAUCGUACAGAACACAGGCUGAGAAAAGUUUUGAAUUUUCAUCUGAUUUUUGUUCUUAAGUGGCACUUUUGUAUUACAAUGCAUUUUAAGUGAAUGUGAAUAGUAACUGAAUAAAUACUUUUUUUUUAUUUA